AUUUUCACUCAUGUCGUUGUGGGACCUUCCGCUGGUCACGUCGGUGGCGUUCCACCCCCGUCCACACGCAAAAGGCGCGUUUUUACCGUCCAACGCGACGGAUGGGACGUUUGUCUCUCCGACGGUGUCACUCGGCUACCGCUUCUAUCGUCCAUCGCCCACGUACAAAGCCGUGGUAUUGCUCUUUCAUGGCAACGCCGAGAUUGCACCCGAUUAUGCGUCUGCAUCGUCGGCAUUAGCGUCGCUGACUAUCCCGACAGCCUUGUUAGUCGUGGACUAUCGGGGGUAUGGGUGGAGCUCUGGGGAACCGAGCCUGUCGAAUCUUGUCGCGGAUGCCGAGUUUGUAGCAAGUCAAGUCGAUUCUGUCGCAGGCUUCGACGCCACCGUUCCCAUCAUCUUGUUUGGCAGAUCUAUCGGGUCGCAAUGUGCCAUCCACUUGGCCUCGAAAUUCCCGACCAAGUUUCACGGGUUGAUCCUCGAAAGUGGGUUCCAUUCCAUCUUGAAGCUUCCCAUGGUGAAUCAGUUAGUCGCGAUGCUUCCAGGCGGUGCAGGGAUGCUUUCCAUGCUUCCGGAACUCUUUUAUUCCUUGGACAAGAUCCAGCAGGUGCAAUCGAUGCCAGUGUUGGUCCUUCACGGCGCCGACGACGACAUCGCUCCACUCGUCCAAGGCCAGGAACUGUUUGCUGCUUGUGGAUCCAGCAAGAAGACCCUCAAAGUGUUCCCCAACGCUGGACACAACGAUCUAGUGCUGCGCCACCACGCAGCAUACUACGCUGCCGUGAACGCCCUCCUUCAAGACGCCGCGACAAAUGCAUACUCAGCUGUCAGUGGUGAUGCAGUCAAGGUGUUGCAUGCGUUGUCGGCGAAACAGUACGACGACGUGCUGGCCAUGGGAGCAAAUGCUCUGCAGUCGGAUCGGUUGAAGCUGGAAGACCAAUGCCAGGUCCUCGAGAGCCAGGCCAAGGCGUCGUGGCACCUUGGAGACAUGCAAAGUGUCGUCAAGUUCACCACGCGCCUAUUGAAUCGACAGCCCGACCACAUCAACGGACUGUGCUUGCGAGCCAAAGCGUAUGGCCAGCUCCACAACGUCGAGUCAGUGCGCGACGACGUGGUCGCUCUCAGUCAACUCCUCGCUGGUUCAACCGCGGAGCACCCCACAAAAGCAUCCGUCGCGAUGGCGCUGUUGGCGGUGCACUCGUGGACGGUGCAAUAAACGGCAAAGUACAUUGUCCUUUGCAAAGUCUCCGUGUUCAGUUCUGGGGCAUACCACGUCGAACUAGGGGGAAUUGGUUUGCCACAGAGAGAAGAAUGCUUGAUUGACUUUGCCGUAAGCGCACAU